UACUAUCAGAUAAAAUAUGUCCGCCUUGCCUUGAGGAUGCAGUGAGUGCUUUCAAUCUAUGGAAAACCUGCGAGCAGAGCCAUAAAUUAUAUUUCCCUGAGAUGGAGGCGGAUAUAGAAAAUCUCUGUGAAAAUCAUGAAGGCGAGGCUUCAGAAAACUCUCUCAAUGAACGAGAGCUGUCCGAAGGUGAUAAGGAUGUGGCUAUUCACACAAAGGAACUACCCUUCAAGUGCUCCGAAUGCUCGAAAACCUUUCAACAAAAAUACCUUCUCAACGAACACAUCCAUGCUCACACUGGGGAGCGACCAUAUAAAUGUACACACUGUAGGAAGGCUUUUUCACGAGAAAGAGUUCUUCGCGAGCACACCCGAUUGCAUACAGGCGAUAAACGCUUCCAAUGCUCUUGCUGCAAGAUGGCUUUUAACAAAAAACAACAAUUGGAACUGCAUAUACGCAAUCACACGGGAGAGCGACCGUAUAAGUGUUUGACGUGUGAUAAAUCCUUUCGCGAAGCUGGAGCACUGUCGGUUCACAUGCGUACACAUACCGGAGAACGAGCCUACAAAUGCUCGGAGUGCUCAAAGUCGUUUAUACAGAAAUACAACCUUAAAUUACACUUUCGUACUCACACUGGGGAGAGACCGUAUAAGUGCAAUCAAUGUUCAAAGUCGUUUGCAAAACUAGACACACUGAAAGCGCACAAACGAAGUCACUCUGAAGAUCGGCAUUUCCAAUGCUCGCACUGCUCAAAAUCAUUUAAGCAAAGAACUAGCCUUGAUAAGCACACCCGUACGCACCACACUGGAGAAAAUCUGAACCUAUGUCCUUACUGCGAAAAGUCCUUUAAACAAAACCACCAUCUGCAAAUUCAUACCCGUACUCACACAGGUGAUCGGCCCUACACUUGCUCUCAAUGUUCGAAGUCAUUCAAGCAAAAGCAACAUCUCACUCAACAUAUCCUAACGCACAUUGAUGGAGAACUGUACUCGUGUUCUUACUGCCCAAAGACCUUUAAAACAAACUCCUAUCUGCAAAAACACACUCGAACUCACACAAAAAAAAAGCCUUAAAAGUGUUAAAGAUGGAAAAAUUUAAAAUUUCGCCACCUAAAGAUCAAAUUACAUUGUGUCCACUGUUAUUCCGGACCUGGAAGAACCGAAGAACCGAAGCAGUUGAAGAUACUAAAAAUGGAAAGAUGCGUCGCAGUCAUGACUCCUCGAAUGCUUAUACUCGAAACGGAGCUCUUAAAAUCCACAUGCUCACGGGCUGUCCAAGUUCUCAGAGACUAUAAAAGCUAGAGGAACUACAUUUUGCACCCAGACUGCUGUGAUUUUGAUGAUACAUUUUAAACAAAAACGCAAGAAAUUAAUUUUCAGUGACUAUCCCUAACCCUAACCCUAAUCCCUAACAGCAUCAAGGCUGAUGCUAGCUCAUUCCCUACAGCUCGCACACUCUGCCUGCAUGUACGUACAUGUGUAUAUGUACAUAUACUGACUGAAUACCGAUAUAAAAGAAGUGACGCUGCAUUA